UGUAGAACAACUGGUUGUGCAUGUGUCAGCCAGUUGUAUGUGAGUUCUGCAGAUUCACUAUCAUCGUUUUGAUGAUCUGAAAAGGAUCAAGAGAAGAACUCUCUUGCCAUCGCUUUCGCUGCAUCAAGAAUGAUUACAGCGGUCCGUGAGUGGCUGCUGCGCAGUUGUUGCGGCCAGCAGCGCGCAGGGGAGGACGACCGCAGUUCCCAGGGGCAGGAAAUGCGCGUGCGCCGUAGGCGGGAGCGACUGUCGUCGGCUGGCGGAGGUUUUCUCAAUGACACGAACAAUGGCUGUAGCGGGUUUACAAAACAGAACUCCGAUGCGGACGACGACGUGGUUUCCGUCGUUGACUACUACACCGGUAUGCCGCCCGCAGUUGAUCCGGUCGUCGUUGCUCCGGUACCGCCCUACUACCAGGAAAAAUUUCAGCUGCAGCAGCAGUCAAGAUCGGUAACGCCUACAACCAGCACGACCGGCGGACCACCCAACUUGUCGGCACCAGCACACAGUGGGCACGGGCCGCAAUACACCCCGGUUUCCACCUAUGGAAACGUGUUGUGGCAGCCGGGGAUGCCGACCGGCCUGCACAGCACAGGGCUGUCCGACUCGAAAUUUUUGGCCGUGAACCCCUCGUCGCCCCGUCCCGCCUCCUCGAAGCAAAAUGCCGAUGUUGCGUACGGAAACAACUCGCCGCCGUCACCAAGUCCGCACACCACCCCGAACCGCCUCAUUUAUGCACCACCGGGUGGAGCUGCAGCUGCCGCGACAGCUUCUGCGGCAAACAGUAGCUACAGUAACCAACUGCAGCAAGAACAGAACUUACCGCCACAACCGCCGGUCUACAAUCCGACGUUGAACUUCGGCGCGAAUUCAAAUCUGAACUUCGGCAGUCGCGGUCCUGUGCCCCUGAGCGAGCUGCCGCUUGGAGGGAUCAAUUCCGGGAGUUUCCCCCUCGGAGCACCAUCAAGCGACAUUCUGCGGCAAAAGAACUCGCUGCGCAGCGUGGAAAGCGAGAAGCAAUUCCUUGCUGUGAACUACGCGCAGGACGGCCCUAUCCCCGCUGUGGCAGAGCUUUACCGAGGUUCCGUGACCCCGCGACGCGCAGACUCCAAGAGUCCGCGCACCGGGGGUAACAGCUACUCGUACAACGGCGUCGUGAACCCAAGUUACCAAAACCCCUUGGCCAAUGUGGAAGCGAUGUCGCCCGAGCCGAACCCGCAGCUGAACGACCCAAUCAACAUCGUGCGCGAUCCGAAACUGCUAACCCCGAGGCAAAAACAGGUGCUGAACUCCGUGACCUUGCCCUAUGCCACGCGGGACCAGCCGCUACCGCAACUAGCACAGUUUGCGGAGGACAGCGGUAUCGGUGGAGCCACCAACGAGGAAAGGCUGGAGCAGAUGUUUCGCGGCUUCGUCUUCGAUUUCUACUGCGGAACCUAUUUGACGCAGCUGACGUCGCUGCAGGAAAAGCAGCUGAUUCACGCCCAGCUGAUCGACGACCACCGCAUCCUCGCCCUCAGCCAGGGCAGCGGCCGUAUCGUCGAGUUCCCGAUUGCGAGCUUGAGCAAGAUUUAUCGCAUCAGCAGUGCCCACUCCUCACAGAUCAAUCAGCAGUAUAACCUGUCCAGUGAAAACCGGGGGGCAAAUAUUAUUAUCCUGGAGUUUCAGGAGCGCAAACUCGCUUUCCUGUUUCACGACGCAGAGAGCUCCCAGCGCUUUCUCAUCUGCUUCGAACUGCUCGUCAGAAAAAAACAACAAGAAAAGAAAGCUAUGAGGUAAGUUCCGAUCUCGAUGUACUUGCCAAAACCUCAACAUGUAAGUCCCGACUGACGUAGAU